AAUAAUCCACACAUUUUUUGUUUGAUAAUAAAAAGCGUAUUUUUACUAUUUUACCGGCGAUUUUCUGUUUCAAAAUUAAAUUAUUCAAUGAAUUGUUCGUUGCAUGAAUAUUGGAAAAAAGUUAACAAAGCAUAGAUCUUCAUCAAACAACAUCGUUCCAGAUAAUUCAAUGUUUCCCAAGAACUAGAAUCUUGUCAUAAUUAAUAAAAAUGAGCGAUUUAAAAUUCAGCGAGAAGACCAAAUUCUCGGUCAUUUGCAAUUUAUUGGAAAGGAUCGAGAAACAGAAGAGCAAAGACCAGAAAGUAGACAGCAUGAGACAAUUCAUCGCUUCUUUUCGAGAGCAAAGUAAAAAUCAACAAGACGACACCUUUUAUCCAAUUUUACGAUUAUUGUUGCCAACGCUGGAGAGAGAAAGAGGACCGUACGGAAUCAAAGAGCACACUUUGGCGAAAAUGUACAUACGAAUAUUAGGUCUACCUAAAGAAGGCAAAGAUGCCCAGAAGUUAUUAAAUUACCGAGCACCUAAAGCUUCAGUCAAAAGUACCGGAGAUUUCGCCGAAGUAGCUUAUUGGGUACUUCGAUCACGAUUCGAGAAUACUCAAAAAUUGAGUGUAUUUGACGUAAACAAUCAUUUGGAUAAUAUCGCAACGAAACACGCUUCUCAUGAUCCAAGAGGCGUUGAUAACGAGUUACACGCCAUGUUGUUGAAUUUGUCUCCAGAGGAACAAAAAUGGCUAAUUAGAAUCAUACUGAAAGACAUCACUAUGGGAUUAUCGCAGAAUAAAAUUUUAUACCUAUAUCAUCCCGAUGCUGUUGAUUUAUUUGACGUUUCGAAUGAUUUACGAAAAGUUUGUACGAUGUUGAAAGAUCCUAAAGUUCGAUUACACGAAAUCGAAAUCGAAAUGUUCCAGCCGUUUAAACCGAUGCUUUCUCAAAGAUGUGAUAUUCAAGAGGUUGAUAAAGAUAUCAAUUCUGCGGAUCAUUACUACGUUGAAACUAAAUUCGACGGUGAACGGUUUCAAAUCCAUUGUAAUGAUGGAGAAUAUAAAUAUUUUUCGAGGAAUGGUUACGAUUAUACGAAUACGUACGGUGCUAACUCAUCGAAUGGUGUCUUGACGCCUAAAAUUGCUAGAAAUCUACGUGAUGUUCGAAGCAUGAUAUUAGACGGCGAAAUGAUGUGCUGGCACAAAAGUCGCAAAUGUUUCACCACCAAAGGAAUGAAUAUCGAUGUAAAAUAUAUCAAAGAUGCAGAUGCGAAUCAAGCGUGUUUCGUAGUUUUCGAUAUUUUAUACUUGAAUGGAACCGUACUUACGAAUAAAACGUACAUCGAACGAGUUACCCUGCUGGAGAAACACGUGAAACCGGAAGAAGGCAUUUUCAUGAUUAGUAAUCGUACGAAAGUUACCACUGGAGAAGAAAUCAUGGAUCGUUUGAAUCAAGCUAUUGCCGAUUGCGAAGAAGGAAUCGUUGUGAAAAAUCCCUACUCUGUUUAUAAACCGAAUUCCAGAAAAGCCGGAUGGUAUAAAAUUAAACCAGAAUAUACCGAAGGAUUAAUGGUAGAAUUAGAUUUACUAGUCAUUGGAGGAUAUUACGGUGAAGGUCGUCGGCGAGGAUUAGUCAGUCAGUUUCUAGUUGGAGUUGCUGAUCCUAACAAGAACGAAGCUGGAGAGCCUCGUGCUUUUUACUCAGUUGGUAGAGUAGGUUCUGGAUACAGUGACGAAGAGUUAUCUGAAGUUGAUAAAAAGCUACAAGGUAAUUGGAAACGAGUUUCUAGUCAUCAUAUGCCUACCAUGGUCGAAUGGACUAAAGAGAAACCUGAUGUUUGGAUUGAACCUAAAUCAUCAAUUAUUUUACAAAUCAAAGCCACCGAAGUUGUUCCUAGCGAUGCUUUCAAAGUAGGCUACACUUUACGAUUCCCUCGAGUCCAGAAAGUUCGUCACGAUAAAUCCUGGUACGAUUGUUUAACGUUGGAAGAAUUCACACGUCUUCGAGAAAGCAAUUGCGGUAAACUCACCACCAGUUACGCCACAAAACUAGCUUCAGCUGAUUCGAAGAAACAGUUCAAACGUCCUAAGAAAAUAUUAACCGUCGAUGAACAAUUCCAGUCCAAAAGGAGUAAACCUUCGGAAAUAUCGUCGAAUAUAUUCAAAGAUCUCGAACUAUGUAUUUUAACCGGUCACCAAUUACUAUCGAAAUCCGAACUAGAAUCUAAAGUUGUCGAAAAUGGAGGACUUAUUGUUCAACAUCCUGGUGCUUCAACGUAUUGCGUCUUAGCUGCCGAUAAAAACAGCAUUCGAGCUAGAAAUGUGAUCGAAUUGAAUAAAUACAACGUCGUGAAAACCUCUUGGAUCAUCGAAUGUAUUGAAAAACAUAAACUCGUCAAAUUAUGCCCUCAUCACUUCCUCGCCAUGACUCCGGAAACAUCGGAGAAGGUAUCUGAAGAAUACGACGAGUACGGUGACAGCUACGGUACCAGGAUAACCAUAGAUCGUCUAAAAGAACUAAUGCAAAUAGAUCCAGCCAAUUCUGAAACACUGAGUAUAUCUCAAAUGAGCAAUUUAGAUAAACAGUUGUUCAAUGAUGGCAAUCCAUUCGCCGUAUUUCGCGGCUGUUCGGCGUAUUUUCAAGAUGGAGCCGAUGAAGUGUCAAGGUACGCUGAAAAGCUCAAUUUAUCUAUUGCCAAAGAGGUAUUCAAGUUCUACGGAGGGUCGCAGCACGACUCUGUCAGCAAGAAUACCACACAUGUGGUCUACUCUUCCAAAUCUCACGUUCCUGAUAACUUACUUUCGAGAUCACGUCUCAUUUUAGUCUCUUCGAAUUGGAUCUUCGACUGCCAAUCUUCAAAAAAACGAUUACCAGAAUCUACCUACAGAUAACCUCGUUUUAUCAUCUCAAUACUCUGAUUAAAUCUACCCUAUAAUAGUUGUAACAUUGAGAAAAGAAACGUUACCAAAUUUCACCCUUAUCUAUGAAAUAUUGAUAUAAAAUACCUGUAGUUAAUAUAAUCGAUGGUAAAAGUUUCAUCAACAUUAUUUGAAGGCAAAGGUGCACUAUUAAAACACCACUGAUACCAACCACAACCCUGCAUGUACCUGUUGUCAUAGCGAUAUGUUUUGUAUAUUGUAUGUAAAUUCUAAAUUCUACACCAAGUUUCCCUCCACCAGAAAAAAAAAACACUUUUUUAAAAACCACGUCCAUCGUCCAGCAGAGGUUAUUUUUCAUUCGUACGAUUCACGAACGUAUUUAUAAGCUCCUUAUGCUAAAAAUAAUCACUUACACCGAGUCUCAGAUCUUUUUACACGUUAUCAUAUCUCUAACUGUAAUUACACAAUUAUUCUCUUAUCGUUUCUAAUACCAUUAUUAAUGUAUUAUUCGAUAAAAAUACGCAUUAUCUAUUAUUUUCAAACUUGAAAUAAUUUCAAAACAUCUGUAAAAAAAACUUUAAUGAAAAAUACAAGUAAUAAUACAUUAACGUAUGAUGUUUGUUUCUUUUUGACAAAUUAAAAGUACAAGUACAAUACACACAUUAAAAUGUAUACAAAAAAAAAACGGUAUUGGGGAGUCACACGUAUUUGAAACAGACUUUAAGAAAACCUUUAGAAAAAAACUUUGAUUCUUUUAAACUAUUUUCGACCCUUCAAAAGUUCAAAGGUAAAAAAAAUUUUACACGAUACCCUGUAACAGUUCUCUCCUUCUCUAAAUUAUCACAACACCAACGUGUACUAUCGUUAAACAACAAUCGUCAAAAGUAUCGUUAAAAUAUGAGUUUAAAAAACAUAUAUAAAAAUUACAACAGGUCUAUAAACAACAUAAGUGAUGACCAAGAUAAAUGCAACGUUAUUGAUUCAGAUCGGUAUACAUAUGUAAAAUUGAGUAAAUACACACACGAAAUUGCAAAAAGAAAAAAAAACACAUUCUACACAUAAAUGCAUACACAGCUGAGCAUUACGAAGCGAUUACUUAAUUAUUUCUUUCUUUUAGUAAGUAUCUCAACUAGAAAAUAGAAAAAUUUCCCAGAACGAUAAAAAACACGUAUGGAAUGUACAGAAAAAUUUACACCACGAUAUUUUAUUAUACAUUCGACGCACGUAAUAUACUCCGUAGUCGUGUUUUUUCGGUCUUUCGCCCUACUUCGAUGUCGACUCGACAAUUUUAUUUCAAUUUUUUUAGAAAGAAAAAAUAUACCUUGGAAAGUUACUCUUAAAUCUUAAUACACAAGUUAACUAGAUAGCAUUAGCGAGAGCUCGCGGAGCUUAAAUUUUUAGGCCUCUGUAUAAUUCGGUUUAAUAUAAUAUUAUUAAACACAUCGUCGCACAAUAAUAAUUUCUUUGAAUUUUUUCCCUUUCCCUUCGGUAAUACUCGAAAAAUGAGAGGAGAAAAAAAAACAAUUAACAACUUAAAAAGUACGCAAGAAAUUCGCGAUGAAGGGGCAUACAAAAUAGAGAAAAAUAAAAAAUAAUACACACAAUGCGAAACACACCUUAUUAAUUAUGGGAAAAAACACUAUAGCGUACACAAACUCACAAACAUAUAAUAUUAUAACAUAAAACGUAUCAUAGUAUAGUAAUAUUAAAACCUGUAAUGUAUAAAAUAGUAGUCAGAAGAGGCGAAAUAUAUAAAACUAUAACGUAAUGUAAUGUUAGAGUGAAGUAUUCGGGUUGUACAACUUGUGUGGAGCAUACACAUAUUCAAACAACGAUGGAAAAAGAAAAAGGAAGGAAAUAAAAAUAAAAUAAUACACAGAUAAAAUAGUACGUAGUAAUAUAACCGCGGUAGGAAAAUCGUCGAUAAAAAUUCCGAAUAUAAAAAAAGUUAUAAAAUAUAACGUAAUGGUAUGGUAGCUAUAACGAAGCAGUCAAUUUUGGUAGCUAAAUUAGGAAUGCUGAGAUCCUCCGGAAAACGGUCUCGGAACUGAAA